ACACAAUGGACGUACACGUGAACAGACAGUUCGUCUCAUUCUACUCGAGUUUCGUCCUCUUCUACUUAGUUCCUGUACUCGUGUCCACAGUUCUCUACACGGCAAUUUUGCGAAUCAUCCAGAAGCGAGAGAAAAACAUCCGCCAAACGGGCCAGCCGAUCUGUCCGUAUUCUGUCGACACUGCGCGUCUCAGUAGCAACUGCACAAACAACCAACCAAAGCUCAGUGGCAGCGGCCCAAUUGAAAAUCAAGCGGAAGCGUCUGGUCACAUUUCAUCAGCAACAGGAGCCGCCGCCGUGUGGUCCAAAAAUAAGAAAAUUGUUCUGCAGAGUGGGGGAGGGGGGACUCAAGGGCCAAACCCAGGAGUGUCGAAACAAAAGUCGAAGAGCUCAAAUGUCGUAAUGGAUGAACGAGUUCGCAAGCUGAUGAACCUACGAAAGAUGAGCAAGAUGUUUCUGGUGGUGUUGGUCUCCUUUGUCCUGCUCAUGUCCCCCCACCGCUGGCUUAUGUUUGUUUCCGGCAUCCAGUACAAACUGUCGGGGGGAAGGGGGACUAAGGGGUGGUCCUUGUUCUACCAGGAUGCCAUGAUCGGAAUUUUCUCUCUCCUUUACCUCUGCAACAGUAUCGUGGAUCCCCUCGUGUAUAAUAUCAUGGCCAAAAGAUUCAGCCUUCAUUGGACUUGCCCCCUCCAUUUCCCCCCUACAGCCUACAAACCCCUGGCAAACUACUCUGGAUCGUGGUACGAACUGUACAACUUCCCCCACAACAAACACCUCACAGAGCCCAGUUGCCUCUGUCCCAUUUCUCAUAACUCAGUGGAAGACGAAGGGACCAAUUCUGGUGCUAUUUUGGAAGAGCGGUACUGCCUAGCAGGGGAGAGGUGGAUCAAAGACGCGGAGUGGAGAUUAAUACAGCAGACCAAUGAAAGGGGAGGGGCUCGCGGUAAUUUGUUCACAGCAGAAAGGGUCACUCGAAUCCACAGAAGGAGGAAGUCGUACACGAAUUUCAUUUUCAACAGGUUCGGUUCAGUGUAA